GUUUUCUGCUGCUUGCUACCCCCUUCCCCAUACAUUAUGUUGUUUUUAUCAUUAUUUUAUUUUAAUUAUUAUUUUUUAGAAGCAGACUUAUCUUCAAGAAUAUAUUUUACUGCAGGUGACUUUCGUUUUUAUCUAGAUAACAACUAUGAUUGAUUCUACGAAGAGGAUAUUACUUAUUUUACAAUCUGCUCCAAUCAAUUAAAGCUGCUAUCAAAUACAUUGAUCACUAUCCUAUCUAUCUUUUAUUAUAUCACAACUUUUCCUUUCAGUAUUAUCAUAACAAUUAUUAUUGUUGUUGUUGUUUAGGUAAUUACAAAUGAAGGUCAAUUCUAAACAAGUGAUGGCAAUUAUGGCUUUAAUUCUGUCAAUAGACCAAACACCACUGUAAUUGUUGCCACCUAUUUAAAGUAAAAAAAACAGUUUCCUGAUAAUAUCAUGCAUUUAAACUUACUGGAAAUAAAGAAACCUGACCAAGUGUAUGUGGUAUUAUAUUUUCUUUUCUGUUUGAAGGACAUUUCUUAAGGUUUGAGACAAUACUUAGUUGGCUGUUGGCUAACUGCAGUGAGCAAUAGAUUACUUACCCACGGAGAUAGACCGUUUAUUUUCCCUCUAAAUGUUUCCGCUUCCGCUAUCUUUCCUCACGUCAUGUUAAAAGUCAGAAAGUGGUAAUCACAAAAGACAAGAAGACAAAGUGCGAUGAGAAAUUAAUUCUGUCAUUAAAAUAUCGAAAUUGAUUCUCAUCUCCAAGAUCCAAAUGGAACUGCCCGACCAGUUUUACAACAAGGCGCAGUACAUUGAAACGGCCUCCGGAAACAAAGUGAGCCGCCAGUCAGUGCUUUGUGGGAGCCAGAAUAUUGUGCUCAAUGGAAAGACAAUCAUCAUGGCAGACUGUAUUAUCCGGGGAGACCUAGCUAAUGUCAGGAUAGGCAGACAUAGUGUGAUAAGUAGCAGGGCUGUGAUAAGACCUCCUUUCAAAAAGUUUUCAAAGGGUGUUGCAUUCUUUCCACUUCACAUUGGAGACCAUGUAUUUAUAGAUGAGGAUUCUGUCAUAAAUGCUGCACAGAUUGGGUCAUAUGUACACAUAGGAAAGAACUGUGUCAUUGGAAGACGAUGUGUGCUCAAAGACUGCUGUGCCAUAGCUGACAAUACUGUGCUUCCUCCAGAGACAGUGGUGCCACCUUUUACAUACUUUUCAGGAUCUCCAGGUCUUUUUGCUGGUGAGUUACCUGAAUGUACACAAGAAAUGAUGAUAGAUGUCACCAAAAGUUACUACCAACAUUUUCUGCCUCUACAAAGCUAGUACCACUGGGACUGAUAGAUAAACUAUGUGUUAGCUCACUCCAUUCCCACAGUAAUGGUGCUUGUGUGAAGUCAGAUUCAUUGGCUACCAUAUGAACAAUGAAAUGAUAUCCCUGUUUAGGUAUCAGCAUUUCCUUUUCAAAUGUGUAGAUCUAUAGUUAAUGAUGUUAUUGUCAGUAGUGAUAACAUCCAUCUCUUAUAAUGAAAUGGUAUAUGUAUAGGACUAUAUUGAGCUGGUAACUGAGUCGUGGCCCCAGAUCUGCCACAGUUGUAUUUAUUAAGGUUUUUUCAUUUAUUAUUUAUUGCUGAUAUUGGUUAUCAGUGACAUAACUUGUCAUUGUUUUAUUUUGCAAUGUAUGCAUGUUAGUUUUCAGUUAUGUCAGUGUCUUUUUUUAAGUAGGCCAUUUUGAAAUUAAUUGAAACUUGUAAUAUGUUGUGUUCAGCAAACAAGUUUUUGUUUUGUAAUUAUCAUUUCUGUCAGCACAUUAAUGCUGUGUUCUGACAACUAGAAUUGAUGUACAUAAAGCUUAUGUAAAAAACA